CAUCUUCUCCCGCCGUUCCAAUUUUGCAGACACUUUUCGACCCGCACCCGAAACAAGCGGCUUUGAAACGAACAAACGUUAUUAAGCGACACGUCGGAAAAUGAGUUUUUAGGAAAACUAAUCACCGCUGUCGAUGGGAUGCGCUGGAUCCUCUCCCGUAAAGUGCAACGGCGAGGAACGCUACAGAAUAACCUAAGUUGAGUGUGGCGCCUGCAUCAGCCAGUGCUCUCCUCAUGAGUGGAUGCCAGCCACUUCGACGGAGAAGCGGAAAAACAACGGGAAGCCCUCUUUGGAUGGUAAAAGAAUUUUUCUUGUUAUGAAAAGCCAAUCUAGCAUGCAUGCGAGUGAGAACGGCCUGAAAUCUCCUACGGGCGCAGUUCUCUCACAAGACAGGCAGGAUGGCGAAGAUACGGAAGAUGAUGACGAUGAAGACCGCAGUGAACAAGCAACGGUUGCAGUGGCCGACCUGUGUUCUGCCUCACACGAGUUUGAAUGGUUGAGUCCGAAUUCACAUGAACCCCUUUAUUCUCAUAAUGAGAAACCAGGUGAGAAAGGCGUUUAUUCGGAUCCACCUCAAGGCACGUCUACAGAUGACCAAGGACUGCCUUCUUGUCAAGUGUCUCCUGCCCGAUCAGUCCAUAGUCGACACAACAAACAUCCCCCACAUGUGUGGCCUCGUCGACCGGACAUCAUGGACCACAUAAGAAUGUCGCCUAAUCCUUACAGUGAAUUGCAUGGAUGCAGACGUCACCUGUCACCAAUGCGGUCCUCAUGGUGUUGUCCAUCGCCGCCUCCUCAUCCUGUUUGUGUCCACCAUGGAGGAAGUAUGCUUUCUGGAAUGGAGAUCGUACCUUAUAACUAUGAUUAUUAUGGAAAUGAGAUGCCUUAUUUAUCAUAUCAUAAUUGCUCUUGUCUUCCUCCGACUGGUCUUUCUCACGCUGUUCACCAUCAUGAAUCUCAUUCUUGGUGUCGUAAUACUUCUCCCCAUCAUGAGAUUAUCCGGAGGGAGUCUUCCUCACCCUGUGCCAUGCACAGGUCGUGUCAAGGCUUAGGACGGCGGUCACGCUCAUCUAGUUCUCGUAAACGAGAUUGUUCUCCAUCGGCUUUAUCUCCUCGUUAUUCUCCCGUACCACAGGAUCCAGCAUCAAAUGUACGUCAUUCAAGCCAAGAACAGUGGCAGAUUCCUGUAACUACAGAAGAGGCUAACAAUUUGCAGAAACUUCACAAUUUGGAAAGUGAUAAGAAGAAUUUGAUAUUACACGCAAGUGUUUUGGCAGAUCAGGUUGAAGCUCAAGGUGAAAAGAUCAAUGAACUUGAGAAGUUAUUGGAUCAAAAGAAAGAAGAAUUAUUACGAUUGGAACAAAGCUUGCAUCAGGAAGUUUUAGCUCGUUCUUCUGCUGAAAAUAGUAAAUUAGAACUCAUGACAGAACUGUCUAAUUUGAGACUUCGCUUAACUACUGUAGAGAGGGAUAGAAAAGAAAGUGAUGAAAAAUGCCGGAAACUAGAAAAUGAACUUAUAUCGCUACAAACUCGUCUCAUUGAUCAUGAAACAGAGCAUUCAAUUCUGAAAGGAAAAUUCUCUCAUAAUGGCUCUUAUAUCUUAAAUGCAAAUGAAGGUUCUGAAAUGGAAAAGCUGAAGUCCGUAUUGGAUUCUGUCUCCGUAUCUAAUGAUGAAAAGGACCAAAAAAUAGAAGAUUUACGAUCAUCUUUAACCAAAUACAAAAAGCUGCAAGAUAUAGUUAUGUCAAAUCAUGGUAAAAUUGCUGAUACCAAGCCUCAGAAGCCCAGUGCAUUAGAUACUGACUCGGUUUUAAGUUCAAUAAACAGUGACAUAGUCAAAAGAUCACUUAUUGAUGCAAGUACUAUGAAGAAGACACAAACUCUUCCUUCUGCAGAAAAUAUUUCUCCAACAUCCUAUCAAUUUAAUCAAACAGUACAUUCACAUACUUCUCCAAAAGUGUCGCCAAAUUCUGCAACUGCUGUUUCACCAUUCCAAAAAUCUAAUAGCGUAGAGAAUAUCAGCCAUCCAUCAGUGACAUUGAUCCCUAACAAUCAGUAUGGAACAAUGCCGCGUCAGACAUCCUCACAAGUUUUGCAGCAAUUACAAGGACAAUUUCGUGAUCGUAUGGCAGAUUCAAAUAGUAUGAAUUCCAGUGUAGAGAAAACUAAUGUGCAGAAAUACGACAGCAGUAAAGAAUAUAGUAAGGUCAACAGAAGUGCCAUUGGAUCUGGUGGGAAAAGCUCUGGUGUCUCCUUCGGUAAAGGCUUUUUUAAGUUAAGAUCUGGGAAACGAAGUUCAAGUGAACCUUAUCUAGCUGCUGAAGAAUGUGUUACUAUUCCUUCUACAGAAAAAGAAAACAAUGAUUUUGUUGCUUCGUUAACUCCUCAACCAUACUUAAUCAAAGCGGAGAAGGAUAGAAAGGGAUUUUUGAAGUUUUUUGCAAAGUUUAAGAAAAGUGGCUCACAGAAUAUCGAUCGAGUUGAUGGAGAUUUUAAAAGAGGUGGCAUGAGAGCAACUGCUGGUCCACGCUUAGGAUGGUCUCGAGAUAUAUUACAAGAUCCAGACAUCCCCUUUUUACGUUGGAAUACAGACACAAUAGUGGAAUGGUUACAAAGGCUAGGUUUAAAUAUGUACACCAGUGAAUGCAAGCGUUGGAUGUGUAAUGGCGAAAUUCUCGGUAAAGCAACAACUAGUGAUCUAGAAAAGGAAUUGGGUAUAAAAAAUCCUUUACAUAGGAAGAAACUUAUCUUGGCAAUCAAGAGCUUGAAUGGUGGUUUACCCAAUUUACCUGCAUCAAUCAACACACUCGAUUAUAACUGGGUUGUACGUUGGUUAGAUGAUGUUGGACUUCCACAAUAUAAAGAUUCUUUUGCAGAUGCUAGGGUAGAUGGUCGCGUUCUUCACUGUAUUACUGUGGAUGAUCUACUGUUUCUGAAAGUCACUAGUCAAUUGCAUCAUAUUAGUAUUAGAAGAGGAAUUCAGCUGUUACGUGAAAAAGCAUUUGAUCCACAUUGUCUGAUUCGCCGUUCUUUACCUGAUGAGAGUAAAAUAUACACACCUGAGCUUGUUGCCUUAUGGAGCAAUCAUCGAGUCAUGGAGUGGUUGCGCACUGUUGAUUUAUCAGAAUAUGCUCCAAACUUAAGAGGCAGUGGUGUUCAUGGGGCGCUUAUUGUUUAUGAACCUAAAUUUAAUACCAAUCUAUUUGCCACUCUUCUCAACAUUCCACCUACAAAAACUUUGCUUCGACGACAUCUUGCUACACAUUUUAAACAUAUUGUUGGAGAGGAAUUGACACAAAUUAAAAGAGAAAAAGAAACUGAAACACCGUUGUCUCCUAGUGUUAAAGUUAAGGCUGUUCGUAAAACUCAAUUUGCCUUAAAGAAGAAACGUAAUAAAAAUGAAAUAGAAAAUGAAGAUUAUAUUUGUCCAAUGGAUAUCCCAGUUGUACUUUCUGCAGCUGACUCUCCUAAAUUUUCUGAAGUGGAAAAGCUUGUUGUUAGAAGAAAUAGUGAUCCAUCUCCUCAGGAACAGAGGCAUAUAGAUUUAAAGGAAGAUACUGUUGAAAGAAUUGGAUCUGUAUCCAAGGAAAUCUCAUCUCUCACUACAAUUCUUCAGGACGAAAAUCUAAAUGGAGCACCUACAACUGUCGUUUAACACUGGUGUGCCUGUAUUAUCUCUAAAGCUACAGAAUUCACAAUAGUUGAAGCAUGUUCUUUGUGCCUUUUCUAUGGAAGUAUUAAUGUAUUUGUACUUUAAUAUCGGUCGUAUUACAUGUCUUCAUAUUUAUUUUCAAUUUUUUAUUCAUGUGCGCAUAUAAUCAGUGGUUUAGCAAUUUAUAUUAAUAUGUAAAGCAAGAUUGCCAUAUCUUAAAAGUAUUGUUCAUCAUUUCCAAUUGUGCUUGUGAGAAUUCUGAUUUAAUAGUCGUUCAAUCCUUCUUGUACUCUCACUGGUAGGUUUUUAAAACUUUAAUAUAGUAAUCAUCAUUUUUUGUAAUUUAUUAAUGUCUUAAAUUAUUUAAAAAUUUUCAUUUUAUCGAAAUAUUUCUUUUAACCCUAUAACAUUAUAUGAAGUACAAUAUUUUAACUUUAACGCUGUGAUAUGCAUCUUGGUACAAUACAUAUACUUUUGCUAUAUCAAGGAACUUUUAUAGUGACGUAAUUUUGGACAGUAAGUCUACUUUUUUAUAAAUAUUAACCAGAAAAUAUUUUUGAUAUAUUCUUAUACUUAAAACACAAUUACAAAAUGAAUAAGAUAUCUGCUUUCAUAUUUUAUAGAUUUAUUCGUAAAGAUCAUGCAAAAUAUUGUAUCUUGUUAUUGAAGAGCAUCCAGUUAACGUAUUUUUCAGAUUUUAUUCUCAAUCGAAACAUCAUUGCCCUUACUUUGCAUCAUUUUCGUCAUUACUUUAUCUUUGAAGUAUCAUUUUAUAAGGAAACAUGUGUUGCCUAAAAAUUGUCUGAUGCUUUUGGAUUAGAAAUAUAUUGAUAAUUUGAUUUUGUAUAUUAGUAGUCGUAAAUAUAUUUAUUGAAAUCUAGUGUGUCAUAAGCUUUAUAAAAAUGUGAAUGUUUGCAUAGAAAUUCGCAUGAACAAAUGUAAGAAACAUGAACAUAUCAUCUCUUGUCUUAGUGUUUUUAAGUGUAAUUUAGUUUAUGUGAUUUUUUUUCUACUUGUCUUUCUUCUGAACAUUAUUCAUGUUUGGCAUUUUUAUCUUGUCUGUGAAUAAACAACUUUAGUA